GCCACGUAAGGUGUGCAUAUACGGGAAGGUGCUCCGUGCUCCCCACUCUCUCUAUCUCUCUCUCUCUGCUAUAAUCCAGACGCCGCCACCCACCCACUCACCCACCCACCCACUUUUCUAUUUCUCAGAGGCCAAACGAAGCGCCAUUUCUCUGUUCCGACACCCCCUCGCCCCCCGACCGCCAUGGCCAAAUCUCCAGAAACAGAGCAUCCUCAUAAGGCUUUCGGUUGGGCUGCGAGAGAUAACUCUGCCAUUCUCUCCCCUUUCCAUUUUUCACGCAGGGAAAAUGGUGAUGAGGAUAUCACAGUGAAGAUCCUUUACUGUGGGGUUUGCCACUCCGACUUGCACUGCGUCAAGAAUGAAUGGGGGUUCACAAAUUACCCAAUUGUUCCUGGACAUGAAAUUGUUGGUCUUGUGACUAAAACUGGGAGUAAUGUGGUGAGGUUCAAAGUUGGUGAUCGAGUUGGGGUGGGGGUCAUUGUGGGCUCCUGCAAGGCCUGUGAGAGCUGUCAACAGGACUUGGAGAAUUACUGCCCCUAUGUGACAUUCACCUACAACUCCCAUGAUCGGGAUGGGUCUAAGACUUAUGGUGGUUAUUCUGAUAUCAUAGUUGUUGACCAGCGAUACGUUCUCCUUUUUCCUGAGAAUCUACCCUCUGAUGCUGGUGCGCCACUGCUGUGCGCUGGGAUCACAGUGUACAGCCCUAUGAAAUAUUAUGGAAUGACUGAACCAGGCAGGCAUUUGGGAGUGGCUGGACUUGGCGGGCUUGGUCAUGUAGCCGUAAAGUUUGGCAAAGCCUUUGGAUUGAAAGUUACUGUCAUUAGUUCCUCCCCAAAGAAAGAGUCUGAGGCAAUCAACAACCUUGGUGCUGAUUUGUUCCUUGUUACUAGUGAUCAAGCAAAAAUGAAGGCAGCUCUAGGUACUAUGGACUUCAUCAUUGACACAGUAUCUGCAGUUCACCCCCUGGCUCCGCUACUUGGUCUUCUGAAACUGAACGGCAAGCUGGUCACUGUCGGUUUACCUGAGAAGCCCCUAGAGUUGCCAAUCUUCCCUUUAGUUAUGGGAAGGAAGCUUGUUGGGGGGAGUGAUAUUGGAGGAAUUAAAGAGACGCAGGAGAUGCUGGACUUCUGUGCAAAACACAAUAUUACUGCAGACGUUGAGGUGGUUCGGUUGGACUACAUCAACCAGGCUUUUGAGAGACUUUCAAAGUCUGAUGUUAAGUAUCGAUUUGUGAUUGAUGUGGCCAAAUCGUUGCAGCAGUAGGUAUGGUCCAUGCCCUCUAGCAUUGAGGCCCUCUCGGACAAAAUUAUUUUUAAAAUUCGAUUUCAAUAGUUGUAAUGGAGGUUGAUGUUCAUUUCAUUAUUCACAUUUAGGUAUAUGCUGAUUUUCAUCAACUAUUUUGACAUAUGAAUCAUGGAUUAAUAAUUAAUAGAUUCAGUUGGAUAAAA